AUGUUCCAGGCGUUGUUUGGAUCGUCUGGCGGCAGCGGCGAUGGGCGAGCUGUCCUGGUGAACGGGGACUGCCUCACCCUCCGCGCGGGCACGCGCAGGUUCACGCCGCGCAUCAAGAACACGUCGGCACAGCCGUGGAGUGGCACCAUCCGCCUCGUCUCCGUCAAUGGGUUCCCCGUCAGGGGUGAGGACGACGGCGGCAAGAAAAACACGUGGCAGAUCCCCGUCACCAUGCCUGGCGAAACAAGCACCAUCGAGAUCCUCUUGGAUCCCAUGUUCGGCACUGUGAAGCUGCAGUUUGAAGUCGAGGACGCAGAUGGCCAGCCACUCGGCAACUUCCAGGGAACACCAGGGCAAAUGAUGGUUCGCAUGGAAGGGCACAAGAUGAGAGCAAUGGCCCUCAUGUUGCACAAGAUCAAUGGGCGUGACGUGUUCGACACCAACCAGCCAUCGCCUGACCUCAAGGAACAGCUCCAAGCCACAGAGACCAAGGUGCGGGUAACCCCGGCGCUGGUGCGGGCGAUGCUACAGCGCGAGAGCGAGCUGCGCAAGACAGAUGCCGUGCAGCGCGAGUACACGGUCGACGGUGUCAUCCCCGUCACGCAGCGGCUGCAGCGGCGCGUUGCGGAGGAGUUUGGGUUCAGCGACCCCGCGGUCGGGGUUGAGCUGAUGCAGGCGGCAGAGGCCCUGUAUCCGGACGAGGACAUGAGGAGCGCGUCGCACUGGCGCAAGUACAACCGCGCGUCACGUGGCGUUGUGUCACCUGGCGAUGACAUGACGGAGGACUUUGCCGGCAAGGCGGAAUUCAUGUCCGUUUACCUGUGCGAAGCGCACGCGCAGGACGAGUGGCCUGUGGGGGACAGGUUCAUCAACGUUCCCGUGUUUGACCAGCACAAGACGGUGGAGGAGCGCGCCACCGCCGCUGGAAAGUUUGUGCACGACUACGGCUGGCACAUCCCGAUGUACCUGGACACGCUGGACAACGCGGUGGUGACGGCGUUUGGUGCGUGGCCUCUUCGCUUCUUCAUUGUGCAGGGCGGCAAGCUUGUGCACAAGGCGGAACCCACGCACGAGUACACGUACAGCGUGCAGGAUCUCAGGGAUGCGCUCACCUCCCUACUCUCACCAUAA